UUUUCUUAUCUCGGAAUACAUAGCGCCGCACCACCAUUACUCACCAUCAUUUCCCAAACCAAAACCAUGUCUCUGAUUUCUUCCCCAUUUCGCUAAAUUAGGGUUUGCAGAUUUAGCAACUUCUUCAACCAUGGCCAAGGAAACUGCUUCGAAUCGCAUCGCUGACAAAGGACCAGUCACGAGAUCUUCUACUGAGACAAUGUAUAAGAAAGUGGUUCUCACUCCUCCCACCACUCGCAAUCGAGUCGACAAGGGGACGCCGCCGCCGCCAGUGGCGGCGACUGCGACUGCGACGAUGACGACACCGAUGCAUUUGAGGAGAUCUGAGAGAACUAGGAACCUUUCUCCUUCUACUUCUUCUCAGAGCCCGUCCUCGAAGAAACUCAAGAGUGUGAGUCAGUUCACGUUUCAGGAGCGUGAUGCUGCUGCUGAAACUUCUUUCAAGCUUAAGACGAAGGAUGCUCGUGCUUACCGUACUGUAUUUAGAAGAAGAUCGAGUAGAGAUUGCAAUGAGGAGUCAAAUAGGGGAGGUAAUUUAACUCAGGAAGGUGGUGAUGGGGGUGGAGCUCGAGGGGACGAGAUGGAUGAGUGCUUAAAAGGGGAUAGUUUAGAUAGUAAAGAAGUUACCAAAGAUGGUAUUCUGCCACCUGAAGAGGCAGAAACCGAAGAUCAGAGUGCAAAGUCUGGGUCAAGUGGGCAUGUGAAAGAGCUUUCAGAAAACAAUGUGGCUGAAGGUUCGGCGGUACCAUCUGAUGUCGCAACUCAUGAGACUAGUGGGCCUGUGCAAGAGCUUUCAGAAAAUAAUGUGGCUCAAUGUUCACCGGUACCAUCUGAUGCCGCAACUCAUGAGACUAGUGGGCCUGUGCAAGAACUUUCAGAAAAUAAUGUGACUCAAGGUUUGUUGGUACCAUCUGAUGCGGCAACUCAUGAGACUAGUGGAGCAUCUGAAAGGGUUCAGUCUGAUUGCCACAGAGAGGAGGAGGCAUCCCGGACCUUAGCGUCAAGGAGUUCCAUGUUAAAUGAAAAUUUGAGUCAGAAAUGUGCUAAUGGUGAAAAUUUGAUACCUUGUAAGAGAAAAAGAAUUACGGGGGACAAGGAUUCAGAUGUUUCUGCUACAUCGGCUGAUGACGAGAACUGCAAUUUGAUUGUGGAUGCCAGUUCUUCAAGGCUAUGCAGCAAUAUUGUAGAGACCAGUGAGUCAUGUUCCAAAAGGAUAAGGCGGAUCUCUUUAUCAGAUAUGCAAAGGGAUCAGAAGAAAUCCAUGAAUAAUGUUGAUCAGCUUUGUUCAAAAUCUAAUGGCGAAAGGUUAUCUACCAGCAAUAAGGAAGGAAACUCUGGAGAUUCAGGGGAGAGACCUUUAGUGAAUGGUGUUGAAACUGAGAAAAUAAGGAAAGCGCAGAGGAGCUUACAUCUAAAGCUGAAGCCAAAGAUAGCAAGUCUUUGUGAAAUUCUUCUUCUCCCGGACAAUGUCAAGAGUAUGGUUGGAAAUUGUCUUGAAUAUACUAUGAACAAUCACCAGAUCUGUAUGGAACCAGUAUCUAUAUUACAGGCUUUUCAAUUAUCUCUGUGUUGGACUGUCUCUUCUUUGCUAAACCACAAACUUGACUUUGAAGCUUCCCUCGAGCUUGCAAAGCAGCACUUGAAUUUUGACUGUGACAAAGGUGUAGUUGAUGAAAUUCAUUCAAUGCUGUGUAAGCUGAAGAAAAACUUCUUAUCCCUAACAGGAAAUCCUAAAGUCACUGGUUCUCCUACCUCUGAAUCACCAAGCAGUAACUAUUCAAACAUAGAAGAGACAGUGGUUGAAUUUGCCAAAAGAGAUAUUUCCAAAAAUAUUAAAGAAAUUAAGAAGAAAAACCAGUGGGUAAAGCUACUUUUGAUGCAAGAGAAGGAUAAGCGGAAGUUGGAAAAUGAUAUUAAGAAUGAAGAGGCGGAUUUUCAGAGAAGGUGCAAAAUAGAGUGGACAACAAUUAAAUCCUUUUCUCCCAAUGACGUGAUAAGAAAAGAAAAGCUCAAGGUUUACCGUAGCAGCUAUGAAAAAACAUUGGGAGAAUUGAGAAGGCAGCAUCAAACACGUCUCCAGGAUCUUGAAGCCCAGCAAUCAGAAGCAAUACGGAAGUUCCAAGAGUCUUGGUCACCCGAAAAUGCUCCAAAAGCCCUUGUGUCUGAUCAUGUUGCUGAAGGAAAGAGUUCUGAAAAUAUAGUUGAGACCAUUUCAAUGACUGGAUAUGGAGUAUUUGGAAAUAAGUGCCACAAUAUUGCUGAAAACGAAUAUGAAGGUCAAGGAAAUAUUUCCUCUAAGCAUUCCAAUUCCAGAGAACGAUCUUCUGAUGGAGCCGCUAGCAGGGAAGAGGUCGAAGGGUGUGAAAUUUUUAAUCGUGAAUCUCCUAAUGGAUGUCGGCAGGAUAGUGUAAUAUUGAUACCACUUUCAGAUGAUCCUGGUAGAGAGGUGGCUCUUGCAGUGCACCAAACCAGCUCUUCAAAUGAUGCUCAGGUUGAUAUUUCUUCUUCCAAUCAAGGUAAACCUGAUGGGGCUAUAUGGAGCAACACUCUUUGUAGUUUAUCUGCCAAAUCUAAUGCUUUCAGUGUUGGUGUCAAGAAUAUGGUUUCCUUUAAUUCGCAAUCACCUGAAAAACAUAUCCCUAGUGUAAAUACCAUGUGCAUGCCAAAUUGUAAGAAUGCUGCACAAAUCCAUGAGCCUAAUGAUGGCCAUGGUUCAAAUAAUGCUGACACUCUGAACUCACCUUUGUCUCAUGAAAGAAUUUCCUCCUGGAAUUCAAAAUCACCUCAACAUGUCGAUAGUGUAAAUGUCAUGUGUGGGCCAAAUUCUGAGAAUUCUGCACUGGUCCACAAGGCUGAUGACAACAAUGAUUCAAAUAAUGUUGUCACUCCGAACUCACUGUUGAUUGAUGAGAGAAGUGCUCAUGAUGUAUUAGAUAAAGAUGUACAUGUGGGGAUACCUGGGACUGUCAAUUUUACUCCUACAUCAACGGAGCAAAUACCUGUAGGUGCAGUAAAUGACUUAGUUUUGGAUAGAGUGUUGCCAACACCAUGUGGAACUGCUGGUCCCUGUCAUAGUCCUGGUGCUAAUGCUAUUAUUCAUUCGAAUCAACCUUUUUCAGAGAGAAAGAAUCCCGACGAAGUCUCAACAAGCAUAUCAACUGGACACAACCCAGUUGAAGUGUCAGAAACUAGUCAUGACCAGACCACUGUAAGUGAAUUAGAUAAGGAGGCAGCUGUGGGAAUGCUUGGCACAGUCAGCUGUACUGAUUGUCCCAAUAGUACAGUUCCUCUGAAUUUUUCAUCCACAGAUCAAAUAUCUGAUGAAGGUGCACCUUUAACUGAGAAUGCGACACUGAAUGUUUCAUCCACCAAUCAAACAUCUGAGGGAGUCUUAUCAUCAAGGCCUUGUAUUUCUAGUCCAAGCAUUGAUCAUCCAGCUGCAAUUUCCCUUUUGAAUCCAACUUCACAGCAACAAGUUUCUGAUACAGUCUUGUCAACAAUACCUGAUGGACAAAUUCCAGUCAUUAUGCCAGUAUGUGGCCAUGAAGAGGCUGAAUGUCAAUUAACAGACAGUGCAGUAGCAGAGAAAAGUACUGCAUCAGAUCAGCAGGAAGGAGUGCAUAGAACCAUGAUAGAAGACACUUUGACCCAGGCGACUCCUGUUUCUAGAUCUGUUGAUCUCAUUGAGCCCAGAGAAGAAAGGCAGCCAUUAUCAUCUGUAGAUUCCCCACAUAACCAGGAUACCGCUAAAGACACACAUAACUCUCAGGUCUCUAAUGCAGUUGACAUUUUACCAGGUAAUCAGUCCAAUCAAACUUCAUUGCUCAUGGAGCUUCCAGAGCAGGUGCAGCAAUUACCUUCUGCAGGGUUCCUUUCUUCCGACCAGGACCUAUCUAACUUACCUUUGGCAACUGGAAUUGAAGACCAGGCAACCAGUGAAGAUGCUCUCUCCAGCCACAUUCCUGAGGCAUCAGUUGAGGUUCAAAAUCAAGCUGUUGAGCAACCUGCCUCAAAUUUGGAAAUUGAUUCUCAUUCACAUCAAGUUGUGCAUCCAGCCUCUAAUUUGGACACUGAUUCACUCAUGCCUGGGGGAGUCACAACACAAUCUUCAGACCCAAGAAAUUUGUCAACUCAAGGAGAUACCAAUACUCACCCUAUUCCAACUGCAACCCAAUCAGCUUCUAGGGUGUUUCCGCCUUUGUGCCAUGAUCCGCUCUAUAAUGAAUUGGACAGAAUACGGAAACUGACAGAGCAAACUAGUAAAGUUUGUAAAGAUAUGAAAUUACAAAACGAGUGCAAUUAUAUGAAGGAACUUGUGGAACUUCAGAGGAAGUAUGAAGUUAAAUUUAGGGAAAUUGAGGAUGAAUUUCAAAGAACAAAGAAAGAUCUUGAUACACAACUCAACACAGUUUAUGUACAUAGGCUAUUGGCCCAGACUUUUAAGGCUACGUCCGUGGAUCAUAAAGAUUGGGGUGCAUCAGGAAUGCAGCAAGAUGCAAGUUUUGGACAGCAAUUACCUCAGCUUUCUAGACAGCAACCUGCUUCUUUGCCCUAUAUGGUUGCUCCUCCAUCUUCCUGUGGGCCUUCUGCAGCCAUUUUCCCGAGUUCCCAUGCUACACCUGGCUCUCAGACUAUGCUACCACCUACACUGGCCGCUUACAGUACAGCAGGAGUUUUCUCAGGUGUUUCUGCAAGACCACCACCUCUUAUCAACUCUAUCUCUUCUCCCUCAGGAAGUCUUCAAGCUGGUGGGCAGAUACGGGCCCCUGCACCACAUCUCCAGCCUUUUAGACCCUCUGCGUCAGUUCCGGCCCCAACACCACCACAUCUCCAGCCUUUUAGACCCUCCACACCAGUUCCACCCCGAGCACCACCACAUCUCCAGCGUUUUAGACCCUCCACAUCAUUUCCGACCCCAGCAGCACCACAUCUCCAGUCUUCUAGACCCUCCACAUCAGUUCCGACCCCAGCAGCACCACAUCUCCAGCCUUCUAGACCCUCCACAUCUGCCCCUUCCGCCUCUAGCCUCUUUACAGUUCCACAUAUGAUGCCAAAUCAUCCUGCACCUGGUAACAUUCCUUUACCUUCUGCCUCGUAUUAUCAAUUGCUCCCCCGACAGCCGACCAUCACAGAGCCUGGUCAUCAUAGGGGGCAUUGGCCUGAUAGUACAGGUGGGUUAUCUGCUCGUAACCUACCUGCCAUGGAUUUACGCCCAGAUACUAAUAUUCUAUCUGGUAAUAAUCUGCCGAAUGUUCUGCCACGUUUAUCUGAUUCGGCUUCAUUAGACCUAUCCAAAUUAGCCACCUGCAGUAGCACACUGGCUAAUUCAACCCAUCAAGCUACAUCUCCUGAUGUAGUGUGUUUAUCAGAUGAUGACUGACCAGAGGUAAGUGUUCAUAUAUUUUUUGCACAUUUGUCCGAACACCAGGGAAUGAUAUAACGCCUUUUUAACACUAGUUUAGGGGCUCCGGAGAUGUAUUUAGGACAGAUGUUUAGGUGGUACCACGGUCACGGUUCUUAUUUUGUUAAUUUGUAAUUAUUUACAAAUGUAGAUAUAAUGAUAUAUACAUAAAUAUGUGAUGUGAUUAGUAGUAUGGUUA